UUCUGCAAACACUAUUUUCAAACUUGCCAAACCUGCCAUUACCAGUGGCUCUCCCAUGACCACCACUCAAACCUCCUCAACUUUGCCCCAUUUCACUCGUCCACGGAAAUUUGAGGUUUUCCUGAGUUUUAGAGGUUUGGACACCCGAAAAGGUUUUACUGACCACCUAUACAAGGCUUUAUUUCUUAAUGGAAUCCACACUUUUAGGGAUGAUGAACAACUUGAGAGUGGGAAACCCAUUUCGUUGGAACUCACCAAAGCAAUUCGGGAAUCAGAAAUUUCAGUCAUCAUUCUUUCAAAAAACUAUGCAACCUCAACAUGGUGCCUAGAUGAACUAGCGGAAAUGGUUGAACGCAUGGAUGAGCCCGGGGGACUCAUAAUCUUGCCUGUGUUCUAUGACGUGACACCAUCUCAAGUACGAGAGCAGACCGGAGAUUCUUUUGAAGAAGCGUUCGCUCAACAUGAACACAAUUUCGUAGGGGACACAGGAAAGGUGACAAGAUGGAGAAAAUCUUUGAUUCAAGUCGCUGGCCUCUCCGGAUAUGAUUUAAGAAAUUUUAGGCACGAAACAGAAGUGAUUCAAAGGAUAGUUGAACGCAUUUUUGGUGCAUUGAAUUACACAAACCAUAUAUUCUCUAAUGAUUUGAAGGACUUUGUUGGUAUUGAUCGUGUGAAAGAAAUUGAAUUGAACUUGUGUAUGGAGUCGGAAGAAAUUUGUGUAGUUGGGAUUUGUGGCAUGCCAGGGAUUGGUAAGACAACCGUUGCACAAGCUCUUUUUGUAAGAAUCCGCAAUCAAUUUGAAGCUUUUAGUUUCAUUUCUAAGGUUGGAGAAAUAUCUAGGAGUGAAAGUUUAUUUCAUAUCCAAGAACAACUUUGUGAUGACUUGUUGAAUAGAAAAGUAAACAUAAAGAAUGUCAAUGAAGUCAUAAGCAGGAGAUUGCGUGGCAAACGAGUGCUUAUCGUUCUUGACAACGUGGAUGAAUUAGAACAAAUAGAGUCUGUAGCUGGCAGUGGUGAUAAUUUGUAUGAUCGAUUCGGUCCUGGUAGUAGAAUCAUCAUAACUACAAGAGAUGAAAGGUUGUUGAUAAACUAUGAGCCCAAAAUAUACAAGGUUGAGAAACUUACUGAAGAUGAAGCUCUUCUGCUCUUCUGUCGGAAAGCAUUUAAGAAAGACCAUCCUUUGGAUGGAUUUGCUGAGCUGGCUUACAAAUUUGUAGACUAUAUUGAUGGUCUUCCUUUGGCUCUUGUAGUUUUGGGUUCCUCAUUAUUCAAAAGAAGUGUAAAAGAAUGGUCUAGUAAGCUUAAUAGAUUGAAAGAUUACAAUUAUUCUGGUGAGAGGAAAAUCAUUGAUAUUCUCAAAGUCAGUUUUGAUGGAUUAGAGAAUCAAGCAGAGAAGGAAAUAUUUUUAGACACUGCAUGUUUCUUCAAAGGCGAGGAUGCAUGUCGUGUAGAAAAGAUAUUUGAGAGUUGUGGCUACUAUCCGGACAUCAGUAUCAAUAUCCUCCUUGAGAGAUAUUUAGUGAGUAUUAUAGGAGGAAAACUGUGGAUGCAUGAUUUACUUCAAGAAAUGGGCAGAGAAAUUGUUCGAGGAGAGUCCCAAAAGCCAGGAAAGCGCAGCAGAUUGUGGCUUCAUACAGAUGCCCUUCCUUUACUUAGGAAUAAUAAGGGGACAGAUGCUGUCAAAGGUAUCUUCUUAUGCUCGCCUCAACAAGACAACGUGCACUUGAAGGCAGACCCCUUCGCAAACAUGGAAAGUCUAAGAAUGUUGAAAAUUUACAAUGUGAUAUUUUCUGGAUGCCUUGAGUUUCUUUCAAAUGAGUUAAGCUUCUUGGAAUGGCACGGAUAUCCUUUAAAAUCUCUGCCUUCAUGUUUUGAACCUGAUAAACUUGUUGAACUGAAUUUGUAUCAGAGUGAAAUAGAGCAAUUGUGGGAAGAAAUUGAGAGGCCUUUGGAAAAGUUGGUGAUAAUCAACCUUACUGACUGUGAAUACUUGAUCAAGACCCCUGACUUUGAUAAAGUGCCAAAGCUUGAGAGGCUAAUCCUCAAAGGUUGUACCAGAUUGUCUGAGGUCGACCUCUCUGUUGGAGUGCUGCAACGGCUCAUUUUGCUGAAUCUGGAAGGUUGUGAAUGCCUUACUACUCUUCUUCCCAACAGUAUCAACUUGAGAUCUCUCACAAAGUUCAUUCUUUCGGGAUGUUCCAAACUGAAAAACCUUCCAGAAUUUGGGGAAGAAAUGAAACAAUUAAGGGAACUUCACUUAAAUGGGACAGCUAUAGAAGAGCUACCAACAUCAAUGAAACAUUUGACUGGCCUUACUCUGCUCAAUCUCAAAGAAUGCAAGAACCUUCUUUGUCUGCCAGAGGUCAUUUGUACCGCUUUGACAUCACUUCAAAUAUUGAACCUCUCAGGGUGUUCAAAUCUUGCCUUGUUGCCGGAAAGCUUGGUGUGUUUAGAAUACUUAGAGGAGCUUCAUGCAGGUGGGAGUGCUAUACCACAAUUUCCUUCCUCCAUUCUACAUCUGAAAAACCUGCAAGUUUUAUCUUUUGCUGGUUGUAAGGGACUGCCAUCCUCUGUGGGUUUCGAGUUGCCUGCUUCAUUUUCAUCUGGUUUAUGCUCUUUGAAGAAAUUAAACCUUCGCAACUGCAAUCUGUGUGAAGGAUCAAUCCCAGAUGAUCUUGGAAGCGUAUCCUCUUUGCAGUAUCUAGAUUUAAGUGGAAACAAUUUCAUGACCAUACCAAAAAGUAUCUCUCAACUUUCUCAGCUUGAAGACCUUGUAUUGGAUAAUUGUAGCAACCUUCAAUCAUUGCCAAGACUUCCAUCAAGUAUAAGAGUUGUAACGGCACAGAAUUGUCCUCUCCUACAGGGAACACAUUCGAAUAAAUUAACGGUGUGGACUUCCACUGCUGCAGGAUUUAGUGUUAUAAAUUGCCAAAGUGGUGAAGCCAAGCCUCAGUGGAUUGACUUACCUGAUCCACAUCUUCGGAGGCCAUUCUGUCAAACAUUCUUCGAGGGUGCAAUUUAUCGCGGUAGUAAUUUUGAAUACAGUUAUAUAUCAAAGGAUACUCCUGCAUGGUUGAGCCGUCGGAGUACUGGAUCAUCUAUAACAAUCCCACUGCCUCCGGAUUUGGAUGAUAACUGUACAUGGAUGGGAUUUGCUCUGUGUUUUACUUGUGUAACGCAGCAUCAUGAUUCUCUGGAUACAACAUAUGUCUUCCUUGAUGACCAAACGCAAAUAAACUUGAAUCGCAAUUUCCGUAUUCAUUUCUAUACAACGGAAGAUCCUCUUGAACGUCCCCUAGUGCAUAAUUACCCUGAUUGCGAUUGGGUUGGAUCAUUUAUGCACUGGAACUAUACACCAAGAAGUGAUUUUGUAGAAAUUUCGAAUAAACGCUUCAUCCGAGCUACAAUUGUACCAGGCAGCCCAGAGGUGGAGGUGACAGGGUGUGCCGCGAGUCUAAUAUACUUGGAAGAAGUGGCAGAAUUUGUCCAGAAAAUGAAUAUUCACCAUGACAAUUGCAAUAAAGGUUAUAGGUAUCUAGUGGAUGCAAUGGGAAGUAUUCCUUCGACGAGCAGGAUUCAAACUAAACCAGAAGUACAAAAACAAGAAACUAAUAGCACUUCUGCCAGGCUUGUAGGACAAUUGAGAAGAAACGUGGUGUCGUUGGUUGAAGAACUAUUUGAGGGGGGCAACCCACGUCGCUAUGAUUAUGGUUUUAUUUUGCCUCUGGGAGAAAAAUUAGCUUGGUUUAGUGAACAAGGUACUGGUUGUGUAGUGAGCUCCCCUCUUCCUCCAGAGCUGCAUAAUGAUGAGAAUUGGGUAGGAUUUGCUCUCUAUGUUGUUUGCACUUUGCCUCCAGGUGUUAGCCUUAGCCACAGAUUAUCAUUCUUUGAGUGUCAAUUUCAUACAUCUAAUGAAGCCGUGGGUCCGAACCAAUUGAUACAUCGCCUAGUGUUACGUUCCCCCUUCGAUGACAAUUUGAUGGGGUCAAAUCGACUCCUUCUUAUUCAUGUACCACGAGCACGUUUUCCAGAACGAUUGAACCGGUGUCGUUGCAUUCAAGCUUUAUUUGGAUCCACCACUCUAGGUGUGCAGGUUGAUAUAUGUGGGAUGCAUCUAGUAUACGACCAAGACUUGAACGGCUUAGUCCAAACAAUUGCCCACUGCGCUGUGACUAGUCAGCCUGUUUACUACGGAAUUGGUGAUUUGACAGUUGCCACGAAAUUAGGUAACAAUGCUGGAAUGACAGCUAUGAUUACGAAUUUGCUCGAGGCAGCUAAAUCCAGUGAGGGCAGGUCAUUACGCCAAGUUCGUCUUCCUGUGGCUUUGGGGCCUGUAGAUUCCGGUGAGACUACUCUGACUUUUAGAGGUUCUAUCUUCUUUCCUGCUGACGGCUCCCAACAUGAAAGAGAAAGAAGGCCCGUUCAUGGGGACGAAACAAGUGCAAUUGGUGAUUUCAAGUUUCAGCUACCGGACUUUGGCCCUUCCUUUGACCGUUUCAAUAACAUGCGCUUGGAUAAUCAGAUCCUGGGUUUUGAUCGUUACUUGAAAUACAAUUCUUGUUUCCCUCCUAAUGAAAUUGCAGAGUGGUUUGGGCAUCCAAGCAGUGGGUCCUCUGUAACAAUCUCUCUACCAUCAUAUCUGUAUGAUGACCCCAAUUGGACAGGACUAGCUUUAUGUGCAUACUUUUCAGUCCUCAACCAUACAACUACCGACCUUGACAAUUUGGAUCAAGAAAUUUCUCACAACCUUACAUGUCUUCUUGAAACUGAUAGAGGUUGUCUGGAGUCUCUUCAUGGCUAUUGCACCACCAACCAAGAAUUUGAGUGGUUAUAUCAUAUGGGAGGAUUCAUUUGGUUGUCCUAUAUACCACGAUGGUGGUUUUUAGAUCAGUUGAAUGAACGCAGCCACCUGGAGGCUUCAAUUGGAAGUGACCGUGGAAGCUUGUGUGUGCAUAGGUGUGGUCUCCGUCUUUUAUAUCUGCAAGAUGAGGAAGGGUUUAAGCAGACCAUAAUGCACUACAUAACCUCCUUGUCUGAUAUUGAUCAAGGGAAAAAAAAGCAAUUCCAGGACUGCAAGGUGGGAUCAUCUCCUAGAACUGGCAGCUACAUUGACUUUGAUCGUUACUCGGUACAUAAUUUUUGUUUCCCUGCAACUGUAGCUCUAGAGUGGUUUGGGCAUCAAAGCAAUGGCUCCUCAGUAACAGUCCCACUACCACCAAACUUGCAUAGUGAUGCUAAUUGGAUAGGAUUGACUUUAUGUGCAUCCUUCUCAGUCGUGGAGCAUCCAACUGCCGACCUUGAAAAAUUACAUUCAGGAAAUCCCCACCACCUGAUAUGUCAUUUGGAGUCAGAAAGAGGUAGUAUAGAACCUCUCCAUAACUAUUGCACCACCAAUGAAGAAUUCCAGUGGUUGCAUUUUGGAGGAUUCAUUUGGGUAUCCUAUAUACCACGAGAUUGGUUUUUGGAUCAGUUGAAUGAAUGCAGUGUCCUCGAGACUUCAAUUGCAAGUGAUCAUGAAAGCUUUAGGGUGCAUAACUGUGAGGUCCGUUGUGUAUAUCAGCAUGAUAUGGAAGAGUUUAAGCAGAGCAUAUUGCACUGUAUGACCUCGCUGCCUGGCAAUAAAGGAGAUGACAAGCAAUGCCCUGCAGGUGAUGCAGGAUCAUCAAGCAUUCCUAGCAGCUUCGUUGUGGAACCUCAUCUUGAAAGAUUAGAAUGGUUGAAUUACAAGAAAGGGCACUUUGAUCGCCACUCAAUAUUCAAUUUUUGUUUCCCUUCAAGCAUAAAUCUAGAGUGGUUAGGCGAUCAAAGAAGUGGCUCAACCGUGACAAUCCCGCUACCACCAAAUCUAAACAGAGAUAGUGAUUGGAUAGGAUUGGCUGUAUGUUCAUACUUCUCGGUCAUGGAGCAUCCGAUUGACGACCUUGACACUUUGGACAUUCAAGCAAUUUCCCACCACCUGAUAUGUCAUUUGGAAUCAGAGAGAGGCAGUCUAGAGUCUCUCCAUGACUACUGCACCACCAAUGAAGAAUUCAUGUGGUUGCAUCUUGGAGGAUUCAUUUGGCUAUCCUAUAUACCACGAGCGUGGUUUUCAGAUCAUUUGAAUGAAUGCGGUGUUCUGACGGCUUCAAUUGCAAGUGAUCACAAAGUAUUUAGUGUGCACAUGUGUGGGCUUCAUCUUAUGCAUCAGCGUGAUGAGGAAGAGUUUAAACAGACCCUAGUGCACUACAUGGCGUUGUCGUCAGAUAAUAAAGGGAAAAAUAAGCAAUACCAUCACGGUGAGACGGAAUCAUCGAGCAAAAUAGACAACAGCAUUGAGGAACUCCCUCACAUUGAAAGAGUGCUCAAUGAUGUCAAGGGUAAACGAAUACUGGAAUAACUUCUGCUCCUGCAUUUGGUUGGCAGAUUUUGUUACUUGUACAACUCGUCCUCUAAUUAUUGGCAAGUCAUCCCUACAAUUUAGGUUUUUUUUUUAAGAUACAAUUCAUUCAGGUUCAAUUUGUUUAAGUAUAUUGGUAUUGAGAGAGAUUGAUGAGAGAAGUGUAUAUCAUUAUAGAGAAUAGGAGCCCUAUAUAUAGGGAUUACAAAGUGCAUAAUCUAAUGUU